AAUACUCCCAGGAGAGAGGACAUCUUUUUGCUGCUCCAUGACAGAUUCAUAGCUCUUUUUAAAUCCUUUCUCCUGCGUCUUUUGGCAAUGUUUCCCAGCCCCAGCACGUCCACACCCUUCUCUGUCAAGGAUAUAUUAAAUUUAGAGCAGAAUCCUGACCUGAUGGGAUCUUCUGUGGACUGCUCCACCUCCUCCUCCUCUUCCUGCAUGUUGGCCCGCUUGAAGCAGGAGCCUCUCCGGGACAUGUCCACCGCCAGCGCCGCCUCUCUCUUCCAGCAGGACAUCCAGGAGUCCGAUCCGGCCGGCAGAGGCAACUUUGCGCCUGCCUUUUAUGGCAAACUGUCAGGGCUGGAAAUGGAGAGGAGUGUGAAAUCGGAUGGGUUUGGGGAGAAACGAAGAAAAGAGGAUUUCAGCGCCCCUGUGGGGCCCCUGGGGGACACAAAGUCCGAGGACCUGGAGCGGCCCAAGCCUCGGAGGCGCAGGAAGCCGCGCGUCCUCUUCUCCCAGGCGCAGGUGUAUGAGCUGGAGCGCCGCUUCAAGCAGCAGAGGUAUCUGUCCGCCCCGGAGAGAGACCACCUGGCCGGGGUGCUCAAACUCACCCCGACCCAGGUCAAGAUCUGGUUCCAGAACAGGAGGUACAAAUGCAAGCGGCAGAGGCAGGACCAGAGCCUGGAGAUGGUGGCCCUGCCGCCGCCCAGGAGGGUGUCUGUUCCGGUGCUGGUGCGGGACGGGAAGCCCUGCCUCGCGGGAGAGGCGGCCUCCUAUAACCCGUCCUACAGCGUGGGAGCCAUCAACCAUUUGGCUUAUAACAGCUACCCGGCCUUCAGUAACUACAGUAACUACUCGGGCCCCGGCUGCAACACUAACUACGCCUGCGGCUACCCAGCAGGCGCGGCGCAGAGCGCGUCCAGCAGCGGGAACUACAUGAACUUUGGGAUGGGAGACCUGAACAAUGUCCAGAACACAUUUCCUCCCAGUAACGGAGUUUCCUCUCUGCACGGCAUCAGGACGUGGUAACAAAACCCUGAAAUAAAACUCAUUCAGUGUGAGCAGAGCCUGCAUGCGGAUUUCUAAAGGACUAUUUAUAGAUUCAUACAUAUUCCCAUUUGGCUUGUUUUUCUUUUUCAGCACCAGUUCUUUAAAACUUUCAAUAA